CAGUCGGCGAGCGGUUGCCGGGCCGCGCUGGGAGCUGAGGGAGCCACCGCUCGGCUCUCUGUGGGGAAGCCAUGGCCACCUCAACGGAGCGUCGCGCUUUCGCUCAGAAGAUAAACCGGACGGUGGCAGCUGAAGUCAGGAAGCAGGUCUCCAGCCAAUACAGCAUCUCACCCCAGCUGUCCAAGAAACGUAGCGGCUCCCAUCAGUCGGUUCCCCUAUCGGAGGUGGUGGAACCGGUAGACUUUGAGGAGUACCUGACGACGCACCCUCCUGCCUGUGAGCAGGGGUUGCUGAGGGAGCUGUUCGAGUUUCCAGCGGACGAUAUCGAGGUGGUAUACGAGCCGCGGGAAUGUCGUACCAUGGAGCCAGGAAUCCCGGAGGAAACGGGAAUGGAUGCUCGUGUGAGGGAUUCUGUCCAGAUCUACACCGACGACUGGGUCAUUGUCCACAGAAAGUACCAGCAGUUGAGCACAGUGUUCAAUCCCAACACAACGGAGAGACAACGGGAGAGACAGAAGGGGCUCUGCAAACAGAUUUUCGAGAGUGAUGAGGUAGCAGAUGAUCGAGGAAACCAGGACGAACAGGAUGAAUUGAAGCGUCGUUCGAUGUCUCUGGACGACACACCCCGGGGUAGUUGGGCCUCCAGUAUCUUUGAUCUGAAAAACUCCAUGGGCGACGUGCUGCUGCCCAGCCUGCUGGAGCGCACAGCCAUCGAGGAGGUGGAUCGACGCAACGGAGAGCAGAGGAGAGAGAACAGACACCGGGAAGUGCUGGCGCUGUUCCCGUCCCCGGAUGAGGAUGAAGCGGUGGAACGCUAUACCAUUCCAGAAGUGCCCAAGGAACAUUUCGGACAAAGAAUUCUUGUCAAAUGCCUGUCGCUAAAAUUUGAAAUCGAAAUCGAGCCGAUAUUUGGGAUUCUUGCCCUCUACGACGUGAAGGAAAAGAAAAAAAUCUCCGAGAACUUUUACUUUGACUUGAAUUCAGACCAGAUGAAGGGUAUGCUGCGUCCUCACGUUUCCCACGCUGCCAUCUCCACACUAGCUCGUUCCGCCAUCUUCUCUAUUACGUACCCGUCCACUGAUAUAUUCCUGGUCAUUAAGCUGGAGAAGGUGCUGCAACAGGGUGACAUCGGGGAGUGUGCUGAGCCCUACAUGGUCAUGAGGGAGUCUGACUCCACCAAGCACAAAGAGAAGCUGGAGAAGCUGAAGAAUCAGGCCGAUCAGUUCUGCACCAAGCUGGGAAAGUUCCGGAUGCCGUUCGCCUGGACCGCAAUCCACCUCAUGAACAUUGUGAACAGCGCCGGCAGCCUGGAGCGCGAUUCCUCCGACUCCGAGACCGACCGCAAAGGAACCUGGACUGAGAGAAAGAAACGAACUCUGGAACGGAUGAGUAUCGGAGACGAUGCCUGUAACUACACCAACUUUCGCCCAGCCACCCUGACUGUCACCAACUUCUUCAAACAGGAAGGGGAUCGCUUGAGCGACGAAGACUUGUACAAGUUCCUGGCUGAUAUGCGGAGACCCUCGUCCGUCCUCCGGAGGCUGCGGCCGGUGACGGCUCAGCUGAAGAUCGAUAUAUCUCCUGCUCCUGAAAGCCCACAUUACUGCCUCUCUCCUGAGCUGCUCCACGUCAAACCGUAUCCAGAUCCUCGCGUCAGGCCCACCAAGGAGAUCCUGGAGUUCGCAGCAAGAGAGGUGUACGCACCAUACACUACAUACAGGAACCUGCUGUUUGUCUACCCGCAGUCCCUGAACUUCAGCAGCCGGCAGGGAUCGGUACGAAACAUCGCCGUCAAAGUGCAGUUCAUGGCGGGAGAGGAUAUCAGCACAGCUAUGCCGGUCACGUUUGGGAAGUCCAGCUGCCCAGAUUCCUCCCGCGAGGCUUACAGCGCAGUCGUGUAUCACAAUAAAUCACCAGAGUUUUACGAGGAGAUCAAGAUGAAGAUUCCACCUAACCUGACAGACAAUCACCACCUUCUCUUUACCUUCUACCACAUCAGCUGUCAGCAGAAGCAGGCCACCUUGCUGGAGGCCCCUGUGGGCUACACCUGGAUCCCUUUGAUGCAACACGGACGCCUCAAGACUGGACAGUUCAGCCUCCCGGUGUCUGUUGAGAAACCGCCUCCCAGUUAUUCGGUGCUCACUCCUGAUGUUCAGCUGCCCGGUAUGAAGUGGGUGGACAACCACAAAGGAGUGUUUAACGUGGAAGUGUUGGCUGUAUCAUCUGUCCAUACCCAGGACCAAUACCUGGACAAGUUCUUCACCCUGGUGCACGUGUUGGAGGAAUACUCGUUCCCCUUCCGGCUGAAGGACGUGAUUAUCACUGAGAACAAUGUGGAGACCGAGCUGAAGAGCAGCGUGGGGGGUCUGCGCUCUGCCAGGAUGGAGCCCCUCCUCCGCUUUGUCCAUCACGUCCUCAACAAACUCAUCCUACUCAUCGUCCGGCCCCCCGUCAUCGGCGGGCAGAUCGUGAACCUGGGGCGAGUUUCUUUCGAGGCCUUGGCUCAGCUUGUCAAUCAAAUCCACAAGAACCUGGAGGGGAAUCAGGACCAACAAGGGCGGAACAGCCUGCUGACCUCCUACAUACACUACAUGUUCCACCUGCCUGACACCGACCCCUACACACAGAACACUGGCCCAGGCAGCCCCUCGUACACGGGCCCUUAUCAGUACGCCACGCUGUCACGUGCCAUCACCCGGCCGACCAGCCUCAACCUGUCCCGCUCGAAGAGCAUCAGCAACAGUAACCCUGACCUCGCCUCAACACCCACAACACCUGACGAUGAGGUCAAGAAAAUCCUGGGCGCCAAAGGCAUCGAUCGCUCUCACUCCUGGGUUAAUUCCGCUUACGCACCCGGCGGGCCAAAGUCUGUGUUGCGGAGAAACCAUCCCAAUUCAAGUUGUGAUCUCAAGCAGGCAAACGAGCGGAGUCCUAACCGUAUGUCAUCCUUCCUGGAAGGCGCCAUUCAUUCGCUACCCAGUCACCUGCGAGUCUCGGCCAAAAAGCUCCUUCAUGAGGAGGUGGCCUUGCAGUGGGUGGUGAGCACCAGCAGUGUGCGGGAAGCAGCCCUGCAACAAGCCUGGUUCUUCUUCCAGCUCAUGGUGAAGAGUAUGGGCCAUCACCUACACCUGGCUGACAAGCUGGAAACUCCACGGAAGCUGAGAUUCCCCGAGAGGUUUGUGGACGACAUCACAGCUCUCGUCAGUAUGAUCACCUCGGACAUUGUCAGCAGGUUCCACAAGGAUGUGGAGCUGGUGGAGCGUCUGAACACCAGCCUGGCCUUCUUCCUCAAUGACCUGCUCUCACUGAUGGACAGGGGAUAUGUGUUCAGUCUCAUUCGCACUUACUACAAGCAGGUCAGUAAUAAACUGCAGACGUCACAGAAUCCAAAUGCCCUCAUCGCCCUGCGUCUGGACUUCAUCCGCGUAAUCUGCAGCCACGAGCACUACGUCACAUUAAACCUCCCGUGCAGCACGCUGUCCCCUCCUGCUUCUCCCUCUCCGUCUGUCUCCUCAGCUACCUCCCAGAGCUCCGGCUUCUCCACACUGGUACAAGACCAGAAGAUCGCCAACAUGUUUGAGAUGUCCGUCCCUUUCCGGCAACAGCACUUCCUGGUGGGAUUACUGCUGAGCGAGCUCGCCCUGGUACUGGAGCCCGACGUGGAGGGCUUGUUCUUCCUGCACAAGAAGGCAAUCAGUGCCAUCCACAACCUGAUCUGCAGCCACGAUGCUGACCCACGUUACACAGACCCUGAGGUCAAAGCCCACGUGGCCAAACUCUACCUGCCCCUGAUUGCCAUCGUGAUGGAGACCUUGCCACAGCUCUACGAUUUCACAGAGAACGGCAAUCAGAAAGGUCGCCUGGCCGCCUCAUUCGCUGACGACGUGGAGAUGGAGAGCGGCAGCAUGAUAAGCCAGUCCAUCGCCAUGGCAAUCGCCGGCUCCCCCGUCCCUCAGCCCAGCAGGAGCUCUCCCUUCCAGCUUCCCGGCAUGCCCGGGCGCCAGUACACCACACUCUCGGCAGAGUCCAGCCGCAUCCUCCUGAUCAGCUUCCUGUGGGUGCUGAAGAACUGCGACGAGGACGUCCUGCAGAAGUGGUUCACCGACCUGUCCGUCUUCCAGCUGAACCGCCUGCUGGAUUUGCUCUUUCUCUGCGUCUCCUGCUUCGAGUACAAGGGGAAGAAGACCUUUGAACGGAUCAACAGCCUGACAUUUAAGAAAUCGCAGGACAUGAAGGCGCGGCUGGAGGAGGUGAUACUGGGCACCAUCGGUGCUCGGCAGGAGAUGGUGCGCCGGAGCCGAGAGCGCAGUCCUUUCGGGAGCCAGGAGAACGUGCGGUGGAGGAAGAACAUCACCCACUGGAGGCAGAAUGCUGACAAAGUGGACAAAACCAAGGCAGAGAUGGAGCACGAUGCCCUGGUGGAUGGGAACCUGGUCACAGAGGCCAACCUGGUGGUUUUAGAUGUCCUUGAGAUCAUUGUUCAGACCGUCAUGGUGACGGAGACCAAGGAGAGUGUGCUGAGCAGCGUCCUGAAAGUCAUCCUGCACAGCAUGGCCUGUAACCAGAGCGCUCUCUUCCUACAGCACUGCUUCGCCACUCAACGUUCGGUCGUCUUCAAAUUCCCGGAGAUGCUGUUUGAGGAGGACACGGAGCUGUGUGCUGACCUGUGUCUCAGGCUAUUACGACACUGUAGCAGCAGUGUGAGCACCAUCCGGGCCCACGCCAGUGCCUCGCUCUACCUUCUGAUGAGGCAGAACUUUGAGAUCGGCAACAACUUUGCCCGGGUCAAGAUGCAGGUGACGAUGUCGCUCUCCUCGCUGGUGGGAACCUCCCAGAACUUCAACGAGGAAUUCCUCCGUCGCUCACUGAAGACAAUCCUCACGUACGCUGAGGAGGACCUCGAACUGCGAGACAGCACCUUCCCCGAGCAGGUACAGGACCUGGUGUUUAACUUGCACAUGAUCCUGACGGACACAGUGAAGAUGAAGGAGCACCAGGAGGAUCCCGAGAUGCUGACGGACCUGAUGUACAGGAUUGCUAAGGGUUACCAGACGUCCCCUGACCUGCGGCUGACGUGGCUACAGAACAUGGCGGGGAAGCACUCGGAGCGAGCCAACCACGCGGAGGCCGCCCACUGCCUCGUACACUCGGCAGCUCUGGUGGCCGAGUACCUCAACAUGCUGGAGGAUUGUCGCUACCUCCCCGUGGGCUGUGUCAGCUUCCAGAAUAUUUCGUCCAACGUUCUGGAGGAAUCGGCCGUGUCUGACGAUGUGGUAUCUCCCGAUGAGGAGGGGAUUUGCACCGGGAAAUACUUCUCCGAGGCCGGGCUGGUGGGAUUACUGGAGCAAGCAGCUGCCUCUUUCACUAUGGCUGGCAUGUAUGAAGCUGUGAACGAGGUUUACAAAAUCCUGAUUCCAAUCCAUGAGGCAAACCGGGACAGUAAGAGGUUGUCCACCAUCCACGGCAAACUGCAGGAUGCCUUCAACAAGAUCUCCAACCAGAGCUCUGGCUGGGAGAGAAUGUUCGGCACAUAUUUCCGAGUUGGUUUCUACGGCUGCAAGUUCGGAGACUUGGACGAGCAGGAGUUUGUGUACAAAGAGCCCUCAAUCACCAAACUGGCAGAGAUUUCCUACAGACUGGAGGAGUUUUACCGGGACCGGUUCGGUGAGGAGGUAGCGGUCAUGAUAAAAGAUUCCAACCCCGUGGACAAAACCAAACUGGAUCCGAACAAGGCCUACAUACAGAUCACAUACGUGGAGGCCUACUUUGACACGUAUGAGAUGAAGGACCGAAUCACCUACUUCGACAAGAACUACAACCUGCGCUGCUUCAUGUACUGCACGCCCUUCACGCUGGACGGCCGCGCUCACGGGGAACUUCACGAGCAGUACAAACGCAAGACCAUCCUCACCACCUCCCACGCCUUCCCCUACAUCAAAACCCGCAUCAACGUCAUCCAGAAAGAGGAGAUUAUUCUGAUCCCGAUUGAGGUAGCCAUCGAGGAUAUGCAGAAGAAGACACAGGAGUUGGCCUUUGCCACCCACCAGGAGCCAGCCGAUGCCAAGAUGCUGCAGAUGGUGCUGCAGGGCUGUGUGGGAACCACCGUCAACCAGGGGCCGCUGGAAGCCGCCCAGGUUUUCCUGGCCGAAAUUCCAGACGACCCAAAGCUCUUCCGGCAUCACAACAAGCUGCGUCUCUGCUUCAAGGAUUUCAUGAAGAGGUGUGAAGAUGCUUUACGUAAGAACAAGAGUCUGAUCGGCUCGGAUCAGAAGGAAUAUCACAGGGAGCUGGAGAGGAAUUACCACCGGCUGAAGGAUGCACUGCAGCCAAUGCUGAACAGGAGGAUUCCCCAACUCUACAAGCCCCUGAUCCCAACCCCCAGCCACAGGGGGUCGUUUAGCAGAUCGAGUCUGCGCAAAGUGGAAGUUUGAACAUUCAACCACGACAGUUUUGUCGUCAAUCUGAAGGAGCCGGUGGGUGUGUGAAGGUGGGCGAGGGGACUCCCCCUCCCCUCGCUCUCAGUGAAACCUCCUCAGGACUGGGCAGACCCUCUCCCCCCCCCCCCCAAUUGUACAGCUCGUCAGAUACAGACGCACGUGACCUCCGCACACCGUGUGCUGCCUUUGACUGUCCGCAGUCACUACACUUUACUGUAUAUUCUGUGAAGCGCUUUGAGGCG